GGUGUCCUACAGCCAUGGCCGCCGCCGUCGCUGCAGCCGGCGCAGGGGAGCCGCUGUCUCCCGACGAACUGUUCCCGAAAGCCGAGGCGGAGAAGGCCGAGGAGGAGUUGGAAGAAGACGAUGACGACGAGCUAGAUGAGACCCUGUCGGAGAGACUCUGGGGCCUGACGGAGAUGUUUCCGGAGAGGGUCCGGUCCGCCGCCGGAGCCACCUUUGAUCUCUCGCUCUUCGUGGCCCAGAAGAUGUACAGAUUUUCCAGGGCAGCUCUGUGGAUAGGGACCACUUCCUUUAUGAUCCUGGUUCUUCCUGUUGUCUUUGAGACAGAAAAGUUGCAAAUGGAGCAACAGCAGCAGCUGCAGCAGCGGCAGAUACUUUUAGGGCCUAACACAGGGCUGUCAGGAGGAAUGCCAGGGGCUCUACCUCCACUUCCUGGAAAGAUCUAGAUUGUUACUUCUGUGUUUGUCCUGGUGGGAGAACUUUGAAAUUCAGUUGUGUUGAAACUGC